GGCGAAGUCUCAAUAAACAUGUCACGUGUCACCCUCCGAAGCCCCACCAAUUUCGAAAUUGGCAACAGAUCUUUCUCACUCCAUUUCAAUACACCGAACUCAUGAGCUCGCCGCUUCAUCUCUCUUAAACUCCUCAUCUCUUGCCUUGCCAUGGCGGAGGUCGAGCUUGAGGCGGUGCUGCGAUUCAUGAGGGAGAACGGAUUGUCGGAAUCGGCAUCGGCGCUGAUGGAGGAUGUGAUGGACAAAUCGGGAACUGGCGCUUCCGAAUUGGAGAAGUUCGUAUUCCCGAUGGCGCCUCCGCCUUCGCUGCUCAGAAUUCCGUCGGCUCGGCUGCCGGAGGAGAGCUCCGAUGAUGAGUUCGUCAGUCUCGGUUCUUCUACUACUGAAUUGUGCUCCUCUGAGUUUACAAACCCGUACGGGGUUCGUACGAGUCGUGCAGCUUCGCAGACCUCCUCCGAUGGAUUGACUCAGUUUGGGACGGCUCGAGACUACCCUGAUUUCGAUAUGCAAAAUGACCUCUUCUGGUACAAGGAGAAAGACGAGGAUUUUGCUAUGCCGACCCCCCACGCUGGUGGGGAUUUUUGUGGUGAUUUAAGCGAGGAUAAGUUUGUAACAGCCGUGCAAGCAGGAGAGCAUGUUGAGGAUCAAGCUGCGUAUAAUUUUAUAUCCGUUGAGAGAAUCGGUAAUGUGGCAAGCCGAUGCACAAAGGACAAUUUGAAGGAUGAGACUUACAAAGACUAUUAUGAGUUGCACGAUCACAUUCGACUGGAACAAGGAAUUCGAGAACAGACGGGUCCAAACGACAAUCAAUUGAUGAUGAACUGGACUAACUCUAACUUCUCCAUCAAACAGAAUUCUACUUACGAUUGGGUGGACAGUUUUGAUAACGACCACGACCUCGACCUCCAUACUGUUCAGAAAAAUAAUCAGACAAACAACAACGACGACUUUGACUUUACGUACGGAAGUGUUAUAACAGGAGAACUUCACGAGCCCCAAGUCCCGGUAAAUGAAGAGAACAAUACAGUUGCUGAUGACGAGCUCCACUUAUAUGAGACAAAGGACGAAGAAUUUGAGACAUUUGAUCUAAGAAUUAUACACCGGAAAAACAGGACCGGGUUUGAAGAGACCAAGGAGUUCCCAAUUGUGAUAAAUAGCAUUAUAGCAAGUAGAUACUAUGUAGCAGAAUUCCUCGGAUCUGCUGCGUUCAGCAAAGUAGUCGAGGCACAUGAUCUAUACUCGGGGAUGGAUGUUUGCUUGAAAAUUAUUAAAAACGACAAGGACUUCUUCGACCAGAGCAUAGAUGAGAUCAAACUUCUGAAGUUUGUAAAUAAGCACGAUCCGGCUGAUGAAUGGCACAUUUUACGCCUUUAUGAUUACUUCUACCACCAGGAGCAUCUAUUUAUUGUUACGGAACUUCUCAAAGCAAAUUUAUAUGAAUUUCAGAAAUACAACCUGGAAUCCGGUGGAGAUGCCUAUUUCACAUUGAGCAGGCUGCAGAUCAUAACUCAACAGUGUCUAGAGGCUCUUUCGUAUCUGCAUGACUUAGGAAUCAUUCACUGUGAUCUUAAGCCCGAAAACAUCCUGAUAAAGAGUUACCGAAGAUGUGAGAUAAAAAUAAUCGAUCUUGGGAGCAGUUGCUUUCAGAGUGACAACCUAUCCCUGUACGUUCAAUCUCGUUCCUAUAGGGCUCCCGAGGUUAUGUUAGGCCUUCCCUACGACCAAAAGAUUGAUCUAUGGUCUGUUGGCUGCAUUUUGGCCGAGCUGCAUUCCGGAGAGGUCCUAUUUCCAAAUGAAGCAGUUGUUACGCUUCUUGCGCGCAUAAUAGGAAUCCUUGGUCCUAUCGACAUGGAAAUGCUGCAAAACGGCCAGGAGACCAAUAAGUAUUUCACAGAUGAUCACGAACUUUAUUGUUUGAACGAGGAAACCAAUGAGCUCGAACUUAUUGUCCCCGAGGAGUCCUCGUUGGAGCAUCACUUGCAGAUUUCCGAUUCCAUUUUUUCGGACUUCUUGAAAUACUUGCUUGAGAUCAACCCAGCGAGACGACCUACUGCGAGAGAGGCACUACAGCACCCUUGGCUUUCCAUUUCAUACACUUGAAGAUUUUGUGUUGAAGGUAUAGCAACCACAGUAUGUUUUUUUUGAUCAACUGGAGAGGCUAUUUGUAUAUUCUUUAGAAUUAUUUUCAUUUUUACAUUUGAUAUGGAAGUACAGCUUAAUAUCAAGCUAUAAUCAGAUCACAAGAUCUGUGUGUUGUAAAGCUGUUUAUAUAAUCUUCAAAAAAUUGAAAAUUUGUUCAUUUACCUUUUGAUUUGUGGAAUCUCAUUUGGAAUAUGAGGUUGUAUGACGCAGUGUGAAAUGUGAACGAUUGAAGUAGUAUAUUUUAUAAAAGGGAAAAUAUUAUUUUCAUUA